AUGAUCGACAACGAGUGGGGCAUCUCUCAGUUCCCGGUGAUUGCAGGACAUGAAGUUAUUGGCCGGGUUUCAGCCCUGGGCGAAGCGGCUAAGAACAAAGGUCUUUCAGUCGGCCAGCGUGUAGGAAUCGGCUGGACAGCAAAAAGCUGUCAGCACUGCGAUGCCUGUAUUAACGGCGAGCAGGUUAACUGUCAGCAGGGCAGCAUCCCGACCAUCAUGAACAAAGGUGGUUUUGCCGAGAAGCUGC